AUAUUUUGCAAUGGCACAGCUAUCUUUUUGCGCGAACACCAUAACCAUAUGUAUUCGGUGAUUACGUACUACAUGUCUCAAAUAUGUAUUAGGAUUCCCGUAUCGAUGGUUAUUUCAAUGGUUUUCAUAUCAAUUGUGUAUUUCAUGGCCGGUUUGAAUCCCGAUUCCGAGGCGUUUGCCAUUUGUGUUGGAAAUAAUAUGUUAUUACUUAUUGCCGGCGGGGCCCUAGUUCAAUUCCCCAUUGGUUAAUAUGGAUGAAAUAUCUAGCUAUUAAUCAUUAUGGUUACGAAACUUUUAUGGUCAGUCAAUGGCGAGGCAUUGAUUAUAUACCAUGCUACAAUAAUAGCCAAUCGGUGGGACAUUGUUUUAGCAAUGGUUCGAGCGUG